AUGUCAAUUGGAGUAGCGAUUCUAGGUGGUGGCAUCUUCGCUCGAGAAGAGCACUUACCAGCUGUUACAAAAUCAAAAGAUCUUACUUUGAAAGCGAUCUACUCACGAUCUUUGAAAUCAGCACAGUCAUUGGGAACUGAUCCGGGCAAAGUCGACCUCUAUUCAGACGACUCAGGAGAGGGCAAGGGGUUGGACGAUUUGCUCGCACGAAACGAUAUUGGCGCUACGAUCAUCGCUCUGCCGAUCAAAAACCAGCCUGAAUACAUCAAAAAGGCUCUGCUUGCGGGGAAGCAUGUGCUCAGUGAGAAGCCUGUUGCAGAAAAUGUGAAAGAUGCGGUUGAGCUUAUCGAGUGGCACGAGAAGGAAAUCGCACCCAAAGGUGUGACUUGGGGUGUGGCGGAGAAUGUACGAUUCUGGGCAGCCAGCGUUCAUGCUGGUGAGCAGAGAGCGGAGAUGGGUCGAGCGUUGACUUUUCGAGCAAGACAACAAAUGCUGGUUGAGCCUGGUGGCAAGUAUUACGAGACUGAUUGGCGCAAGGUACCUACUCAUCAAGGUGGUUUUCUUCUUGACGGUGGUGUUCAUUUUGCUGCAGUCUUGAGAUUGUUGCUGAGAAAGGAUGACCCGAUUGUCAAUCUUUCUGCUCAAACUGCACAGUUACAGGAACACCUGCCUCCUGUUGACACCAUCGAGGCCGUAGCGAAGACAAAAAGCGGAGCUGUGGGCAGUAUGUCGAUGUCUGUUGGGACCACAGUGAAAGGGUCGGAGUAUCAUAUCGGUUGCGAGAAAGGAUUUGUGUCUGUUUCUGGUAAUAUCGUGACAGUCGAUGGCAAACAGGAAGAGAUCCAGGAGGAGGGUUCAGGUGUUACACCAGAGGUGAGAGCAUGGGGCGAGGCACUAUCCAAUGAAAAGGAGAACGCUUUGCAAAGUCCUCGAGAAGCAUUGGCUGAUCUUGAGAUCAUCGAGGUCUGCCUGAGGAGUGGUGAGCAGGAAGGAAAGCCAAUAGAUCUGAAGUAUCAGCAGUUGUAG